AUGCUGCUAAGCGUGGCCCGAAUCCUGGCGGCCUCUAUUGGCUUCUGCAUAUCAUCGUCUCGAGAACUGGAAGCCCUUGUCCAGUCCAAGGCGCCGCCUGGCGAAGUUGCCCACAAGCUCCGCAAAUUGGCAGAGCUUGAUGCACAAAGACUGCAGGCGUUCACCGAUGCGGCGAGAGCCCCGACAGGACCCUGGUGGUUAUUGGCCAACCUUGGCUUAAGUGCAGCGCUCCUGCUUCUGAGUCCCUUGCCUUUUGGCAACGUGCUCAUGUUGUUUCUAGCAUUUCUCAACGCCCUGACUGUCAUCUGCAAGACGCACGGGAGCACUUUCCGCAACCUCUCUGGGACAAGUGUCGGGGCGUACCUGACAACCCAGAUCCAAUUGGCCUUGGCUGCGUGCUGCUGUUGCUUGCCACUGCUUCUUAUGAACAUUCCUUUCUGGCUGCUGAUCGGGGUUUUGGUAAAUGCGGCCGAUGCGGCCUCAUGUCUUCAAUUCUUUCCAGCGGCGGUCCAGCCCUUGCCAGCUGCUGCCUUGGAUUUCCUGAGCACUGCGGCCGGAUUUUCGUGGUUUCUUUGGAAGACUGGCCUGCUGACGGAGGUCUUGGUCAACCAUGCCUACUACCGUCAAGCUCUCGCGAAGCGGCGUGCCGCGGAAGCCCCAAGUUUUGGGUUCCACUUGGUGGACAGCUUCUACGGGUUCUCCUAUUCCAUACUGGGCUUCUGGUUGGGAAACGCUGCGCUGCGUGGCUGUGCUCAGGCAGCCUACUUUCUAAGCCCUUCUUGCUGGUCACCGCUGGGCAUCAUCCUGCUGCUUGGUCUGCGUUCCUGCAUGCCGGCGUCCUUCGGGAACGGAAUGAAGGCCAUCCUGUAUUUCUCAAUUCAUCGACUGCUUCACGUGCAGCCCUUCUACAGCUGCUGGCACAAGGAGCAUCACUUCGCUGCCUCUCAGACUUGCCUGGUGGCUUGCCAGGACAGCGGGCUCUUGGAGUCUCCAGUCGAGGCCACGUGGAGCCAGCUGGCGUUUGUGUUUGUGCCGUUCUGGGAUCACUGCGUCUACCUGUGGAUGGCCCUGUUCAACACUCUGAACCACCACUACUACGAAGACUACCGACAUCUGCACUGGAGGCUCGCAGGUAUGAUGCUGCAAUUGCAAGGCCAUCUGCGUCGGCUUUGUUGGGCAGCUAAUGUGCUCCCUCAGAUGCCCGGCUUGGGUUUUCCUUUGGCUGCAAAUUUGCAGUAUCCUUCAAAGGACUACGUCUCUGCACAGCUGGCGAAUGGUUCCAUCCAUCGGCACUGGCACGGGCUUCAUCACUGGUCUACGGAAAAACACUUCGGCUAUGGAACCUUUGACAGCAUCUCCAAUCUCGGUUCAGGAGGUGAUCCAGACAAAAGAGAAGCUCAGCUAGAAGGUUUCUUGGAUGAGUACUUGAAGCUUCGGGCAGGGACCGUGAAGACGGUGUCCAUGCUGCGAGACUAG